AUGAACGUCACAAUUAAUGAUCGGCAGAUGCACCUACCAUCAGAAAUCAUCGACAACAUCGUGUUCUGGGUAACUGACGAUAGCCAACUUCGCAAUGUCAGGCUAGUCAACACGAUCUUCAACCGCUGUGCGAUACAACAGCUGAGCAACUCGCACACUACACCAUCCGAGCUCUUCCUCCUGCCCGCUGGGAGAUCUGGUUACUCCGACGAGCCUUGGCCCUACUUCUUGAGCACUCGAACACGUGUGCGCGGGGACUUUGCUAUCUGGACCUGGCUGUGCAUACCUCAAGAUAUCAAGCUAGAGGAUACAUCUACGCCAGAAGGCAGUCGCUUUAAGGACCUUUUAUCUGCGACUCGGACAGCAAAGUACAAUGACGAUUCCAGUGAUGGGUAUGAUGCAUCCUACAAGGAGCCUCAUGUGAUGGAAAGUACAUAUUGGGGCCGCACGAUCGAAGCGCCUUGUCAUGUCUGGAUUCUGCAUCAGUUCGACGACGAGGAACCAUGGGACUAUUACCGCGCCUCAACCUUCGCCAAGGACAUCAGAGACUUUCUCGAGGCUCUAGCUCCAGGAUGCGUCGAGACCUCCCGUUGUGGACGCAUGAGCAUUCACCGUCCUACUUGGUGCUCAAGAUCCCUUCCUGGGUUUGAAGGUUAUCAUGAAGUCAGAACACAUCAUUUCGCUACAGACAUGCCACGCGAGCAACGGACAGCCCUGAACCAAGGCUUACAUCACAAUCCACGUCGACAGAUUAAUACCCGGGUUCAACCGACAGAGCCCAUCCCUUGGCCUGGGCACAAGGAAUGGUGCUGGUUGCCGGGCUUCCGUGUAUUUGAGGGCAGGCGCACAGUAGCUUUGCGGGUCAUCAUCAAUUGGAGAACUCCUGAGAUCGAAGCGAAGUACAAAGAGAUGCAUUCCGAAUUACAACGACGAGUCGUGCCUUUGUCUGAGAUUGCCAUUGAGUACACGGGCAACGCUUACGGUCAAAGCUCAUACAUAUCUCCAUUGCAUUAUACCACUCCUAUGCAAUUACAAGAGCUCACCCUCUAA